CGUCGACUUGCUGAAAAGUUGUAUCAGAUGAAAGAAGCAACCAACUCAAACAUCAAAUCUGAAUCCGUCUUUCACUUUCCCGUUACAACCCUUUCGCCGCUCAAACGCUUGAGGAUACUCGUCACUGGAGGAGCUGGUUUUGUAGGCUCGAAUUUGGUUGAUCGCUUGAUGGAGCAGGGGCAUGAGGUUACUGUUCUUGACAACAUGUUCACUGGAUCAAAGAGCAACAUCCAACAUUGGAUUUCUCAUCCCAAUUUCAAUCUCAUCAAUCACGAUGUCACAGAUCCUAUCCACUUAGAAGUCGAUCGCAUUUUUCAUCUGGCCUGCCCAGCUUCCCCACCUCAUUACAUGUACAAUCCGAUCAAAACAAUCAAGACAAGUGUUAUGGGGACAAUUAACAUGCUGGGGCUGGCAAAACGUGUGAGGGCUCGAAUCCUCUUUACGUCUACCUCCGAGGUUUAUGGCGAUCCUACUGAGCAUCCCCAGAAAGAAACAUACUGGGGGCAUGUCAAUCCCAUCGGGCCGCGCGCAUGCUAUGAUGAGGGGAAGCGAGUGGGAGAAACCAUGAUGUACGCUUACAGAGACCAGGCUGGAGUAGACGUGCGUGUUGCAAGGAUUUUUAACACAUUUGGACCGAGGAUGAACCCUUCGGAUGGUCGAGUAGUUUCAAACUUCAUCGUUCAGGCUCUCCAGGGCCGAGACUUGACUGUCUAUGGAGAUGGAAAAGCGACGAGGAGCUUCCAGUAUGUUGAUGAUUUGGUUGCUGGGUUAAUGGCACUCAUGGAAGGCUCGUACGAUCGACCUGUUAAUAUCGGAAAUCCUGAUGAGUACACGAUACGUCAAUUUGCUGAGCUCAUCCAGAAAUUGACCAAGACCAACAGCUCGAUUGUGCAUAAACCUUCAACCCAAGAUGAUCCGCAGCAGCGUAGACCAGACAUUACCGUCGCUUCACGAGAACUGGCAUGGAGGCCCAAGACCUCGGUGAAGGAAGGUCUAAGGAGAACAAUCCAUUAUUUCUCACAUGAGUUGGAGAAGUCUGGUGAGAUCAAGACCGUUGGGCCCGGCGAAUAUGCGGCGGUAACCAAAAAGAGGCAUGAGGAUCGUCGAGUUGUUUGAGUUUUACCACGAUCAUUCCAUCAGUUUUCAGUGUUUUUUUCGGGAUUGAAUGCUUGAAAAGCUUAUAUUAAAUCAUCUUCAUCCACG